GAUGAGGAGCUACUUUCUUCUGGGUCUCUGCAGCGGAGAAAAGCGAUCAUUUCGCCCUCAAAUGUAGGAUAUGGGGGAAAACCAGGACUUUUGGCGAUAAAAAGAAGUACGCGUCCUUAAAUGAGCGUCUAACUUCCAACUAAACCUGAAUCGCGGGGGUGCAGGGCUGUGGAACACACGGUGGAAACCAGAGUCGGGAACAGCUCAAGUCUGACAUCCAGUGUCAGCAGAUGGUGCCUGGAAAAUGAACCAAAUACUCCACCUCCACUACAACUACACAGGAAAGCUGGAUCACCGGCGGAAUGGUGGCACAAACCCAGCGGGCACGGUGGACACCAAAACCAUCGUGUUCCUCGUCAUCUGCAGCCUCAUCGUCCUGGAGAACCUCACCGUUCUAGUGGCCAUAUGGAGGAACCACAGGUUCCACAACCGCAUGUACUUCUUCAUCGCCAACCUGGCCCUGUGCGACCUGCUGGCCGGAGUCGCCUACCUGGUCAACUUGCUCCUGUCCGGAGAGAAGACGCUGCAGCUCUCCCCUGCUCUCUGGUUUGUCAGAGAGGGCAGCAUGUUCGUAGCACUCGGUGCCUCCAUCUUCAGUCUCCUGGCUAUUGCGAUAGAGAGACACCUGACCAUGAUCAAAAUGAGGCCUUACGACGCAAACAAAAGAUACCGCGUGUUUCUGCUCAUAGGGACCUGCUGGCUGAUUGCUAUUUCCCUUGGAGCUCUACCCAUCUUAGGCUGGAACUGCCUGGACAACCUCCCCGACUGCUCCACGGUUCUCCCUCUUUACAGCAAGACAUAUGUAGCUUUCUGUAUCACGGUUUUCAUAGUGUUGCUCUUGGCCAUAGCGGUUCUGUACGCCCGAAUCUACAUACUGGUGAAGUCGAGCAGUCAAAAGGUGAGCAAGCACAGCAGUUCUGAGCAUGCAAUGUCCCUGCUGCGCACGGUUAUUAUUGUAGUGGGGGUUUUCAUCGCCUGCUGGACACCUAUCUUCGUCCUCCUCCUGAUGGACGUGGCCAGCGAGCAGCGCUGCUCCAUCCUCUACGAGGCCGACUGGUUCAUCGCGGUGGCCGUGCUCAACUCCGCCAUGAACCCGGUCAUCUACACUCUGGCCAGCCGUGAGAUGAGACGGGCCUUCCUAGGUCUGGUCUGCGGCGUUUGCCUCAGACCGGCACACGCCUCUGGGAACGGCAGCGGGAACAGGCACUCCCAAGAGCCCAGCCGCAGCAGGAGCAAGUCGUGGAGCAGCCAGAACAACCCCAACCAGAACCAGAACCAGCAGAGCUCCAAUCAGACGGAGGUGGCGGCGCCGCAGGAGACGGACACCUGCCACCGCGAGGGCUCGGUGGUGGCGUGAGGAUGGGGCUGGAAAAGCAGCAGAACAGACUGAGAACUGAUAAAGUACUGUAGGGUCAUAAUCUAAGGACUGCAUGCUUUUCUGUGAUCAAAGUGGAUUAUUAAGGACGAAAAAAAAAGAUUUUAAAUGCAUUUAGAAUGAACUAUUCCUUAAUGAAAAAAGGAUUUGAUACUAUUCCUGCAAGUCAAACAGUCUCACCUUUUUGGGCUAGAUCAGGGGUAGGUAACCCUGGUCCUGGAGAGCCACAGUGCUGCAUGUUUUUUUCAUGUUUCCUAUGGAGCCAAAUCAAGGCCAAAAGUUUUGCUAAUUUGGAAAUAAAAUUUGAACCUGAAAAUUCUUU